UGUGCGUCCUUUAGUCUUGUUUGCUGAUAUUUAUUAUUGAGUGUGAGUGCUUAAGGUUGAUGUCCUGUAUUUUGAAGUGACGUGCUGAAUAUAUUUCUGGGAAAAUAGCCACAUAGGAGCUAAGUUUUUCAGUAAUGGUCCGAAGUACGACUGAUAAUUUUGAGGAACUAUAGUAAUAGACACUUUAAUCUUUUAUGUUCUCAAACUGUCACUAUCAUUAUUUGCAGUUGUCAAUCCUAUGAAGGUGGGAUUGCUGGAGAACCAGGUUCAGAAGCUCAUGGUGGGUACACAUUCUGUGGUUUAGCUGCAAUGGCUCUGAUGAAUGAAGUUAAUCGUUUGGAUUUGCAAAGCUUAAUCGAUUGGAUGGUAUUCAGGCAAGGAGUUGAAGGUGGAUUUCAAGGGAGAACCAAUAAAUUGGUAGAUGGUUGCUAUUCAUUUUGGCAGGGUGGAGUUGCUGCAAUAUUACAAAGGUUGUGUUUGGAUGCUGUGGAUUGUGAAUCUAGUUUUGGGAGUGACCAUGAUGAAUCUGUUGUGUGUAGUUCAUCGGAUGGGGAGGACCAUCUUGACGGAACUUCGUCUCACAGUGAUGAAGUUAUUCAUCUAGGGGAGGGAGGAGCUGGACCAGAACAUGAUGGUGCUGUUGAACCUGUGAACUUGAGUGACAUCAGCUAUGAUUUCAUCAGCGGGCAACAUGCUUCUCGAACACCUUUAUUCGACAGCAUCGGUUUGCAGCGUUACAUCAUACUUUGCUCACAGCAUGUAGAUGGCGGCGGUUUCAGGGACAAACCAGGGAAGCCUAGAGACCACUACCACACCUGUUACUGCUUGAGCGGUCUUUCUAUAUCACAAUACAUCUGGGCAAAAGACUUCAAUACCCCUCCGUUUCCCGGGCACGUCCUGGGCCCUUAUUCCAAUAACCUGGUGGAGCGGAUUCACCCUCUGUUCAACAUUGUCAUAGACCGAUACUACGAAGCUCGCCAGUUCUUCUCAAGUGCGUAAUAAUCUCUUUGUCUCUCUUCUUUUCUCUGUGGCAUGCCCAUAUGCAAUGGAUUCUCUCUUUUGUCACACCAGUGUGUCUAAGAGUAAGCAUUGUGUACACUAGUCUGUGACUUUUUACAUUUAAACCUGACAUGAACAACUCCUCUUAUUAAGUACUCUGUGUUUUUUUUUUUGAAUUGAUUAUCACAAAUAACUGACACAUAUAUUUACUUGAAGCAAUGUCUCAAAUAGCUAACAUGUACUCCUAGGAGUAGCAUGCCAAUGACAUGUGAUUUUGUAUUAGUAGUUUUUAACUUGUUAGCUCAUAAUUUUGAAUUUG